UAUUAUACGACACGCGACUUGUGUAUUUCCACAUUCUUUAACAAUUAAUCAAUUAUACCUUCAAACUCUGAAAUCUCAUAUACAAUUUUUGUAAUUUUUACUAGCCGAUUAUACAAUAUUAAUUUUUUAUUAUUAAAAUUAAUUUUCAUCUUAUUAAAAUGGCUGAAGCUAUGAGGCAAACAGUUGCAUCUUUAUUACAGGGAAUUGAAAGGUAUAAUCCCCAGCAUUUGUCAACACUUGAACAUUAUGUUGAAGUACAAUCACAAGAAAACGCUUAUGAUCUGGAAGCUAAUUUGGCUGUUCUUAAAAUAUACCAAUUUCAUCAUGAAUACAAUUUGGACAUAACAGUCCAAAUCAUGCUUAAAGCCAUUACAAACUUCCCCCAUUCUGAUUUUGUGCUCUGCAAGUGUUUAUUGAAUGAAAAAUUGUGUCAAGAAGCUCCAUUGAGUCAAGUACUGUUCCUAGCUGAUUUAUUAGAAAACUGCAAUUUUAAAGAGUUCUGGUAUCAUGUUCAUUCUAUGCCUGAAUUAUAUGCUAAAGUAACUGGAUUUUUAGAUUCAGUCAGGAAGUUUGUUUGUCAUGUAAUAGGAAUUACAUUUCAGUCAGUUGAAAAACAUUUUCUUAUGGAAUUACUUGGAGGACUUGAUGAUGCUGCAUUAAAACACUGGAUUCAAAAAUAUAACUGGAAAGAGAUGGAUAAUAAGUAUGUCUUUAUUGCAAACCAAGAUGAAAAUAUUAAAACAAAAAAUAUCACAGAAAAAAUUGAUUAUGAGAAUAUCUUGGGGGUUAUGGCAAGUUGUAGAUAAACAAAAAGUUUUGUUAAAACUUAAUUAUAAAGAUUAAACAAUAAAAAUAAUUAUUCAAAUAAU